AUGGCUGAUCAGUUGACCGACAUUGAUGGCAAUCCGCGCGAGCUUGAACCUGGCGAGAAGCCGCUAGAGCUUUCAGCUGGAUGCAAGGAUUUCGUUGAGGUGAACAAGGCCUGCGACAGCGAAAUCGAGCAGUUCUGCCAAGGAAUGUACUAUCAUGGGGACACCAUGACAUGCUUAACUCAGUGGACCAGCCCGAGCGACCUGAGCAGCAGCUGCACGGCAGCUUUACCGAAGCAGGCUGGGGAAGGUUUGGAUAGGGUUACAUGGGAUUAUAUCGGGGUUAUAUCGGGAUUGUAUAGAGGUAUAUAUAGGGAUUUGGGGAAGGGUCGAAGGCAGCGUCUUAAACUCAAGCUUUCUGUUUGA